AUGGAAUACACAUUAUUCUCCCUGCCUGAACAACGGCUCGAUUCCCAACCUAAUAUUUGGCGCGGCGAUUUCGAACAGAUGAAAAAGGAUCUUAGUCCUAUCGACUGGGCAUCCACUCUCUCCGACGAUGUCGAAGAGGCUUGGUGUCAGUUUAAAGAGUUAGUCCACAACCUCAUCUCCAACCACUGCCCAAUCAUGCGCAGAAGACUAACAAAUAGACCUCGCUGGUUGACUCCGUCCUUAAAAAAGGAAGUUUACAAGAAGAGGAAGCUAUGGAAAAGAUCGCUGACGGAUGGCACGCCAGAACCCCUAAGCAGUUAUAAGUUACAAAGAAGUCGGGUCAUAAUUCUCAUCGCCAGAGAUGGGAAGAUUUUUGAAAAGAAUCUUUUGGACCGUGUCAUGAUUAAUCUAAAAAUCCUUUACGGCUACAUACGACAGAGCACACGAAACAAAGAUCCUGUCCCACUGCUGCGAACGGCUGAAGGUGUGGAAAGCUCCAAUGACAAGGAUAAGGCUGAACAUCUCUCUCAGUUCUUACGGUCAGUCGUGACAAGUGAACCUGCUUUUUCCUCACCCGCUUAUGAAGACGAUGAAACGCCUACCCUCGAAGCCGUCUUCUUCACCGAAACAAUUGUUCAGAAUGAGUUACUAAACCUAAAAGAACCGACCUCCCCAGGGCCUGAUGAAAUCCUGGCCAAGCUGCUGAAGGAACUAGCCUCCGAAAUGUCCAAGCCGUUAGCCUUGAUCUUUCAAACUUCAUUUGUUACUGGAUGCCUGCCCUCUGACUGGUAG